AUGUCAGACCAGCCUGAUUUUGAGCUCUUUUCAUCCCUCCGUUAUGACCCCAUCCUCACCAACCUCCCAACCAACACCUCAAGCUGGGGUUCUACGACAACCGCCCCCAACCCCAACCACAGCCCCUACUACAUGCUCCCUUUCCACCGCGACCGUAUGCUUCAAGCAGCCGAGCACUUCAACUGGGCCACCGCAGCGAAUCGAAUUCAGGGAGCCUCAGGAUUUUCCCACCUUCUAGAAAAGCUUAACCAAGCAAUUGACACCAACUCCACGACACCUUUGAGAGUUAGAACGCUCUUAAGCUACGAUGGAAUAAUCCGCAUCGAAACUAUGCCUGUCCCAGCCCUGCCCGCGGAGACUUUAUACCCCUUCAGGCUUCCACCACCGCGGGCUGCUUCCAAGCAAACGGUGGAAGCCAGCCCCCUAACAGGCGGUUCCUUGACGUUGGGACCCGACGAUAUUGUGCAGGGGGAUCCUCCGCGCGAGAAUCCCUUCCUUGUACUUCCUGAUACAGGGAAUACCACCGCCUCGCCGUUCACAUCGUACAAGACCACCAGUCGGGAUAUGUACACGAAAGCGCGCGAGCGUGUAGGGAUCAUGGAUUGGGGAGAGAGGAAGGAGGUCCUGCUUGUCAGCGGGGAAGGAGAAAUUAUGGAGGGCAGUUUGACGAGCCCGUAUUUUUGGAGGGACGGGAGGUGGGUUACACCAACUGUUGGGAGUGGUGGCCAAGUGGGCACAACGAGACGGUGGGCACUUGAGAAAGGCUUCUGUGUUGAAGGUGUGGUGAAAGUCGAUUCCCUGGUAGAUGGAGAGGAAUGCUGGAUUAGCAAUGGUGUUAGAGGGUUUCUAUGGGGGCAGGUUAAACUCUCAUAG